CGCCACCAGUUCGCAGCGAGUCCCAUUUUUCAACUUGCAUGCGGAUAUACACACACGCACACACACACGUAUGCCAGGAUUUUCCCAGAAACUGAGGCGCAACCCCCACGAAACGGAAAGUUUGUGCAGCGGCAGAACGAACUGUGUUUGUGGCACUCGAAUUUGGGACACAUUCCUGUAAAGGACGCAGCUCCGGUCAGCUGCUACUCCAAAUCGCAAAAAAAGGAGUCACAAAAAACGCGCGCGGUGCAUUAAGCCCUUAAAAAUAUCUGAAAGUGAAAAUACUGAAAUAGGAAAAUUCAAAAAGUGUAACUCAACAUUUUCCAACCCCCAAAAACACAAGUGCAAUAAACUACAUAAAUAACUAGUGUAUCAAUUAAAUAAAUAUAGGAUAAAGGAUAGUAAAAGAUACAAUAUCUUUUUGGAAAAGCGAAAGCUAUAUGCUAGUGCCUGCCAAAUAUUGAUUGCCAAGUGUGCCGCUGAAAAAUCGAUUAUUAAAGCCACUUUCCACACACACAGCUGGUGGUUGUUGUUGUUGCAAGGAUGGAGGUGGCUUCCGAGGUGGUGGUUGCAUAGGGUUGCGUGCCGCAAUGUGGGAAAUCAACAGCAACAUUGCCACAUCCACAGCCACAUCUAUAUCCACAUCCACAUCCAGAUCCCGAGGCACACUUCCAACUGUUUUGACGUGGUCGAGUUCCAAUGGCGCUGGCAAAAGCGAAUGCUGCAGCGCAGCCUUGCAGCCAUCCAGCGGCGACGCGUUGCAUGUGCAGCAGCAGCAGGAGCAGCAGCAACAGCAGCAACAGCAACAGCAGCAGCAACAGCAGCAACAGCAACAGCAGCAACAGCAGCAACAACCGCAGCAGCAGGACACGAAAACGAGGAUGACAACGGUCAAAUGUAAAGAACACAGAUACAGAAUCAGGCACAGUCAUCAAAACACAGCCACAACUGCUGCAUAAUAGUUAUUAAAAAAUGAAAUAAACAAUAACAAUAAGAAAGACUAAACAAAAUGUACUCAAAAACCAAAGCAUUAAACUGAAACGCAAACUCAAACUCUGGCCAUCGCACAAAGUUACGUUAAGUAUACGACGCGUAUUUCCAGCUGCAAAACGAACCCAAAACGAAACCGAACGAAACGAAACGCACAGGUGCAUCUGUAGACCCCACUACGCCCCUGAAAAACCCCCCUUUCAAGCCACUCACCCCCCUCCCAGCCCUCAUUUAACCACCCCUCUCCAAGGGGUAUCUACACCAAUUGACAAGCAAUCGAGGCAAAUGCAGAAUGAAUGAACUUCUUUAGUCGUUGACAAUUUUUUAAGUGCACUUUCGUAAGGCUGAUUUUCAAAUUUAUUUCGAUGUUGUGCUUCUACACCUUAUAAAACAAAACAAAAAAAAAGAAAAAAGUAAAUAAAUAAGGGAGAAAAUUAAGCAAUCAACCAAAGUGAAAGUGUGAGUGUUUAGUGUUUAGUGUUCUAAGAGCUGGGACAUUUGAGAUACU